UCGCCGCCCUCUCACACAAAAGCGGGGAAUUAUCGGACUUAGGGGAAAACCAUCACAAAAUACCUCGGAGGGGAGGGAAGGAGGCGGCCGAGGGAGCAGCAGCAGCCAUGGAAGAGCACAAAUAACGCCCUCGAUCCAUCCCUGGCGCCGAGCAAACCGCAGAGCAGCGGCUGCUGCGGGGAGAGCCGACCUAGAUGCAUCCCCACGCUCCUCCAUGCGCAUCCCCGUGCAGGGGCUGCACCUGCUGAGCUGCAUCCAUCGGGAGGAGGAAUGCCGGGCCGGCAGAGAGGCAGCAUCGCCUUUGUUCCCCACUGAGCACCAGCAGCGCCUGAGCCCUUCCUGGAGGGAUCUGCUGGCUCCAGCCCCUCCCUGAGAGCCAUGGGGACCACGGAGGCCACGCUGCGGAUGGAGAACGUGGAUGUGAAGGAAGAAUGGCAAGACGAGGAUUUCCCCAGGCCUCUCCCAGAAGAAACGGGGAUGGAGUCACUGGGAAGCCCCACAGAAGAUGAGACCACGUCCUCUCCCCCCAACACUCUGAACUUUAACGGGGCCCAUCGGAAGCGGAAGACACUCGUUGCACCUGAAAUCAACAUUUCCCUGGACCAGAGCGAGGGCUCCAUCCUCUCUGAUGAUUUCCUGGACACACCAGAUGACCUGGACAUCAAUGUGGAUGAUAUUGAAACUCCUGAUGAGACAGAUUCCCUCGAAUUCCUGGGGAAUGGGAACGAACUGGAAUGGGAAGAUGACACCCCCGUGGCCACGGCCAAGAACAUGCCCGGGGACAGCGCAGACCUGUUUGGGGACGGGGGCACAGAGGAUGGCAGUGCCACCAACGGCCGGCUCUGGAGAACCGUCAUCAUCGGCGAGCAGGAGCACAGGAUCGACCUCCAGAUGAUCAAACCCUACAUGAGAGUGGUGACACACGGAGGAUACUACGGAGAAGGUCUCAACGCCAUCAUCGUCUUUGCUGCCUGCUACCUCCCGGACAGCAACCUGGCAGAUUAUCACUACAUCAUGGAAAACCUCUUCCUGUACGUGAUCAGCAGCCUGGAGCUGCUGGUGGCUGAGGAUUACAUGAUCGUGUACCUGAACGGGGCCACGCCCCGCAGGAGGAUGCCAGGCCUGGGCUGGCUGAAGAAAUGCUACCAGAUGAUUGACAGAAGGCUGCGGAAGAACCUCAAGGCGCUGAUCAUCGUGCACCCCUCGUGGUUCAUCCGGACCGUGCUGGCCAUCUCCAGACCCUUCAUCAGUGUGAAGUUUAUCAACAAGAUCCAGUACGUCCACAGCCUGGAGGAACUGGAGCAACUCAUCCCCAUGGAGCACGUGCAGAUCCCAGACUGCGUCCUGCAGUAUGAAGAAGAGAGGAUCAAGGCCAGAAAAGAAAGGGCAGAGGAGAACAAAGACGUGGCUGAGAGGGAAAGCAGGCCCGUGCCCCCAGCAGAGGAUCAGGAAACCAGCAUGUCCUGAGUGGGAGCAGCACGGAGGAAUGGAGAAGGAGAAGGAGAAGGAGAAGGAGAAGGAGAAGGAGAAGGAGAAGGAGAAGGAGAAGGAGAAGGAGCAGCUUGGCCCUCACCCACCUCAACGACCUUUGGGGACGAGACCUUGCCACCACCUUCUUCCAAAUCCUGUAAAUCCUGGAGCCCUCCUCCUCUGCCUCCAAGAUGCAAAGUCCUUUAACCUUUUUGGGAAUCACUU